AUGGGGCCCCCUUCCAGCUCUGGCUUCUACGUGAGCCGCGCGGUAGCCCUGCUGCUGGCCGCGCUGGCCGCCGCGCUCCUGCUGGCGCUGGCGGUGCUCGCAGCCCUGUACGGCCGCUGCGCGCGCGUCCAGCCGUCCGACCUCCAUCACAGCGGGGUCCCGGACGCCGCGUCCUCGCCGCGCGGCACGCAGGAGGAGCAGCUGCCCACCUGGCCGCCCCGCCCCACUCGUGAACCGGCGGGUACGGCCACCCCGGGCCAUUGGCGACCCCCGGGCCCCUGGGACCAGCUGCGCCUGCCGCCCUGGCUCGUGCCUCUGCACUAUGAGGUGGAGCUGUGGCCCCGGCUGCGUCCGAACGAGUUCCAGUCUCCGACGUUGAGCUUCACCGGCCGCGUGAACAUCACCGUGCGCUGCACCGCGGCCACCGCGCGGCUGCUGCUGCACAGCCUCUUCCUGGACUGCGAGAGCGCCGAGGUGCGGGGUCCUCUGUCCUCUGGCCCCCGAGACGGCGCGGUGGGUCGCGUGCCCGUGGACGACGUGUGGUUCGCUUUCGACAUGCAGUAUAUGGUGCUGGAGCUCGGCGCGACCCUGCAGCCCGGGAGCCGGUAUGAGCUGCAGCUCAGUUUCUCGGGCCUGGUGUACCGGGACCUCAGGGAGGGGCUCUUCUUCAGCAUCUACACGGACCAGGGCGAGCGCAGGGCCCUGUUAGCAUCUCAGAUGGAGCCAACAUUUGCCAGGAGCGUUUUUCCUUGUUUUGAUGAGCCAGCUCUAAAGGCAACCUUUAAUAUUACAAUUAUUCAUCAUCCAAGCUAUGGGGCCCUUUCCAAUAUGCCAAAGCUAGGUCAGUCUGAAAAAAGAGACGUGAAUGGAAGCGUGUGGACCGUUACCACCUUUUCCACCACUCCCCACAUGCCAACUUAUUUAGUCGCGUUGGCCAUAUGUGACUAUGACCACGUCAGCAGAACUGAAAGGGGCCAAGAGAUACGCAUCUGGGCCCGGAAAGAUGCCAUCGCAAAUGGAAACGCAGCCUUUGCUUUGAACAUCACAGGUCCUAUCUUCUCUUUUCUGGAAGAUUUGUUUAAUAUUAGUUACCCUCUUCCUAAAACAGAUAUAAUUGCCUUGCCUACUUUUGACAACAGUGCAAUGGAAAACUGGGGACUAUUGAUAUUCGAUGAGUCAUUAUUGUUGAUGCAACCAAAUGAUCAAGUAACAGACAAAAAGGCUGUGAUCUCCUUCAUUCUCUCCCACGAGAUUGGACAUCAGUGGUUUGGAAAUCUGGUUACCAUGAAUUGGUGGAAUGAUAUCUGGCUCAAAGAAGGUUUUGCAUCUUAUUUUGAAUUUGGAGUCAUUAACUACUUCAAUCCUAAAUUCCGAAGAAAUGAGGUCUUUUUUUCUAACAUUUUACAUCAUGUCCUCAGUGAAGAUCACGCCCUGGUGUCUAGAGCUGUGGCCUUGAAGGUGGAAAAUUUCACAGAAACCAGUGAAAUAAAUGAACUCUUUGACUUAUUUACUUACAACAAGGGAGCAUCUUUGGCCCGAAUGCUUUCUAGCUUUCUGAAUGAGAAUGUAUUUAUCAGUGCACUCAAGUCCUAUUUGAAGACAUUUUCUUACUCAACUGCUGAGCAAGAUGAUUUAUGGAGGCAUUUUCAAAUGGUCAUAGACGACCAGAGUAAAAUUCUUUUGCCAGCGCCAGUAAAAAGCAUAAUGGACCGUUGGACACACCAGAGUGGUUUUCCAGUCAUCACCUUAAAUGUAUCUACUGGUGCCAUGAAACAGGAACCAUUUUAUCUUGGAAAGGUUAAAAAUCAGACUCUCCUAACCCACAACGACACAUGGAUUGUACCUAUUCUCUGGAUAAAAAAUGGAAUCACACAGUCUCUAGUUUGGCUAGAUAAAAGCAGCAAAAUAUUCCCUGAAAUGCAAGUUUCAGAUUCUGAUCACGACUGGGUGAUUCUAAAUUUGAAUAUGACUGGAUAUUACAGAGUUAACUAUGAUAAAGUAGGUUGGAAAAAGCUAAAACAACAGCUUGAAAAAGAUCCUAAGGCCAUCCCUGUUAUUCAUAGACUGCAGAUGAUCGAUGAUGCCUUUUCCUUGUCGAAAAACAAUUAUGUUGAGAUUGAAACAGCCCUUGAUUUAACCAAGUACCUUGCUGAAGAAGAUGAAAUCAUAGUAUGGUAUGCAGUCUUGGUGAACCUGGUAACCAAGGAUCUUGUUUUUGAUGUGAACAACUAUGAUAUGUACCCAUUAUUAAAGAAGUAUCUGUUAAAGAGACUUAUCUCAAUAUGGAAUAUGUAUUCAACUGUAAUUCGUGAAAACGUGGCAGCAUUACAAGAUGACUAUUUAGCCCUCGUGGCCCUGGAAAAACUUUUUGAAACUGCGUGUUGGUUGGGACUGGAAGACUGUCUUCAGCUGUCAAGAGAACUCUUCAAAAACUGGACAAACCAUCCAGAGAAUGAAAUACCUUAUCCGAUUAAAAGUGUAGUUUUAUGUUAUGGCGUUGCCUUCGGAAGUGAUGAAGAAUGGGACUUUUUGUUAAAUAUGUACUCUAAUAAAACAAAGGAAGAAGAAAGGAUUCAACUCACUUAUGCGAUGAGCUGCAGUAAAGACCCAUGGAUACUUCACAGAUAUCUGGAGUAUGCCGUCACGGCAGCUCCAUUCACUUUUAACGAAACAAAUAUAAUGGAAGUUGUGGCGGAAUCUGAAGUAGGCCGGUACAUUGUGAAGGACUUUUUAAUCAACAAUUGGCAAGCUGUGAGUGAAAGGUAUGGAACACAAUCGCUGGUUAACCUAAUGUACAUAAUAGGGAGAACCAUAAGCACAGAUUUACAGAUCACAGAGCUGCAGCAGUUUUUCGGCAACAUGUUGGAAGAGCACCAGAAGCUCACAGUUCGUGCCAAGUUACAGACAAUAAAGAACAAAAAUCUGGAAAACAAAAAGCGCAAUGCCAGGAUGACAGCGUGGCUAUGGAAAAACACGUAA